AAAUUUUUAGUUUCGUUCAAUAAAAGCAUAUAUUUUCUUUUGAUUAAACUUUAUUUUAGACACUCAUACAGUUACAUUUUAGCCAGCCAGAGCUGCAGAUAAAUAAUUAGACAAGGUCAAAGAUACGAGCUGUAUACCUUCAUAUAUACAUGGUGGCCACUAUCUUACCUAGCAACGGCCGGUCCAUAAAAUGUAUCAUUGCGGAGACACUUACGUAUAGUACAGGGAAACAAGCUUGGAUAGUAAACGCCAAUCAGUUUGCAUUCCAAAAAGCCGAACGGCACGCACGUAGAAGUUAGUUACAACGUGGGUGCAGUUCCUUAUUAAUCAUGUGAUAUGUUCUUUCUUGAAUCAAGUUAUAUUUUAAUGAAAGAAUCUAAAAUUACUGAUUCAUCAUAAAUAUGCCAGUUUUUGAAUACUUCUUAUAAAUUUCAGUUAUUGAAAACCUAAUUAAUUAGUUAGGGUUAACAUGGACCAAAAGCGGCCAACCGAUGAGGAAAUGGCGGCGGAGAAACCGUUAAAACCGGUACUCCAGAAACCUCCAGGGUUCCGUGAUGAGCAGAACCCACCAACAACGGAACCGCCGUCGGGAACAGCACCGCAUCCACGCCGUCGGCCGAGGCCUAUCCAUCCGGUGUCACUCUACCCCGAGAAGAAACGUCGCUGGAGCCGCUGCCGCGUUUUCUGCUGUUGCUUCUGUAUAUUCCUCGCCGUGAUUCUUCUCCUCCUCCUCAUCGCCGGCGCUGUUUUUUUCCUUUGGUACAGCCCUAAACUCCCCGUGGUCCGCCUUGCCUCUUUCAGAACCAGCAGCUUCAACUUUUCUAGCGGAAAAACCGACGACGGUUGGUCGUUUCUGACGGCGGACGCGGCGACGAUGCUCGACUUCAGAAACCCUAACGGUAAGCUGGGGCUUUUCUACGGAGAUGCUGACGUGGCGGUGAUCCUCGGAGAGAAAGACUUUGAGACCAAUUUGGGGUCAACCAAAGUCAAAGGCUUUGUUCAGAAGCCAGGGAAUCGGACGGCAGUGAUCAUCAGGACGAGAGUGAGGACACAACAGGUGGAUGAUCCGACGGCGAAGAGGCUACGGGCAGAGCUGAAGAGUAAAAAGUUGCUGGUGAAGGUGUCGGCUAAGACGAAGGUUGGAUUGGCUGUGGGCAGUCGCAGGAUUGUUACUGUGGGCGUUAGUCUCAAAUGCGGUGGUGUUAGAUUACAAACGCUUGAUUCGCAAAUGGCCAAAUGCACUAUCACAGUGUUGAAAUGGAUUAAGUUGCGGUCAUGAGAGAACGGUGUGGUUUGGCUAAGCCUCAAAGGACUUGUCAGAAACCAUAAGAGCUAUCAAAUACUAUUUUUUCAGCAAUGUUUCUAUUUCUAGUUCAGUUUCAAUUCGUUACAAAUAUAUAUGUGUUAUACAUAUACCUAUUGAUCAUUCAAUGGUUGUCGCUUGUGUUAUGUUUUGGGCAUUUAGAGUACCAAAUUGUUUGUUCUUUUGAUUGGUGAAAGUACUGUCAUCAAUGUGAUUUAUCCCGGUAACUAAAAAUUUGGUAUAUCUAUGAUAUCAAACAGCAGUUAUUUACACUAA